AUCUUUUUCAUUAUCAAAAUUUUCAGCAGAAUGGAUAUUCUAUAGCUCUCACCCAGAUUAUUUUAUGAAAAUAAUUAUAAUAUUAUUAUAAAAAUCGCGUUUUUUUUUCUCUCUUUUAUAUAUAUCUCUCUCUCUCUCUUCGAUUUAGCAGUUUAAUAAGAGAAGAGUUGCGUGGCAGAGAUCCCUAUUCAUUCAUACAUCUCUGUGUUUCAACGAUUUUUUCAGAUCUUCUUCAUUUUCAGAAAUUCUAUCUUCUGCGAGGAGUCUGUUCAAUGAUUUGGGCCUUUUGCUGCCAAUUGUCCUUAAGAAUUUGGAUGCUUGCCUUGCGUGUGUUCGACGUUUUGGCGGUUUGAGUCCUUAAUCUGGAGCUAGGGUUUGGGCUCCAAUUGUGGGUUUGGGUUGGAAUUGGGGGGUCAAAUAUUGGAGAUGAUAAUCAAGCGGAACUUGAAAUCGGUAAUGCCGAGUUUAAAGCGUUGCCGAACUGGCGACUCGGGCGGAGAUGACGACGAGGGUUCUAGGAAUCGGAAGAGGAGAAAGGACAACAAUAAGAAUGGGGGGUAUUACCCUCUGCAUCUACUCGGAGAAGUCGCCGCCGGUGUAAUUCCGUUCAGUGGGUAUGGUCUACAGCGGAUUAUGGCCGGCAGAGGCAAGAGCGGUGCUGCGGCGGCGGCUUCGUGGUGCACUGAGGUCUCAUAUUGCCAGGACGAGGAGGAGGAGGCGAAAUCGAAGAAGAAAGAGAGGUCCAAUAGAGUGCAGGAGGUUAUUAAUGCGCGGCCGCCGCUGGUGAGGACUUCUCGAGGACGAGUACAGGCACUGCCUUCUCGAUUCAAUGACUCGGUUCUGGAUAAUUGGAAGAAAGAGAAGAGUAAAGCUACUACUGUAAGGGAAUUGAGUUUGGACCCUGAGUUCAAUCCAUAUAAAGAAAAAAUCGGUAUGAAGAACGGUAAGAUUCGCAAUGAAGUUGGGAAUAAGAAGAGCAUUGAUGACGGUGUACACUAUCAAUGCCGUAAGCCUUCGCCAUUGUUGGACGCUGAAACAGUGGAGUUUGGGAUCAAUGGGUCAAAAAGUUUUGACAUUCGCAAGUUUUCUAGUUCCCGGAGUUCUCUUACAUCUCUGCAUGAUCGAUACUGGGAGGUGGAUAAGUCUCUGAAUGAAGACUUUGAGGAAUGUGUAGAACUAAGCUGCAUUGAGGCAUUGGCUACGCGGGAGGGAGAAAGGAGGCCUCAGAGAUUUGGGCCUGAAAACUUUAAUUCUGGGGACAUAGUUUGGGCAAUUUCUGGGAAGCAUUGUCCUGCUUGGCCAGCAAUUGUUCUUGAUCCCAAGACACAAGUCCCGCAACAAGUUUCAAGCUUUCAGGUUGCUGGCACUGUUUGCGUAAUGUUCUUUGGUUACUCUGGCAAUGGGACACAAAGGGAUUAUGCAUGGAUUCGGCGCGGGAUGCUAUUUCCCUUUCUAGAUUAUGUGGACAGGUUUCAAGGGCAGACCAACUUGAAUGAUAGCGCACCAAGUGAUCUUCGGUCUGCCAUAGAGGAGGCAUUUCUUGCUGAAAGUGGCUUUAAUGAGAUGUUGAUGGUUGAAAUCAAUGCAGCAGCUGGAAAUCUUGAUUAUCUCCAGUCUCUUACUAGAGGGGUUUUUGAGGUAUCCGAUUCAAAUCAAGAUCUCGAGUGCAAUUCACUAAACAAGGAUUUGUUGAUGAAAAAAGAGUCAGACUCUUGUGAGGCAUGUGGUUCAUAUAUUCCUCCCAAAGCAUCUGGGAAAAUGAACAGUUCAGCUCCUGGGGGCCACCGCUUAUGUGCUGCUUGUGCAAGGCUGAAGAAGAUCAAACAUUAUUGUGGCAUUUGCAAGAAGAUACGCAAUCCCUCUGAUAGUGGGACUUGGGUACGUUGUGAUGGUUGCAAAGUUUGGAUACAUGCUGAGUGUGACAAAAUUUCAAGCAGUAAUUUCAAGGAACUAGGAACCAUGGAUUACUACUGCCCCGAAUGCAAAGCAAGGUUUAAUUUUGAACUAUCUGACUCAGAAAAUAUGAAUUCAAAAUCCAAGUUAAUUGAUUACAGAAAUAAUAAAAAGGAUGGCCAAGUAGCGCUGCCUGACAAGGUUUCAGUUGUCUGUGCUGGUGUGGAGGGCAUUUAUUUUCCAAGACUUCAUCUAGUUGUCUGCAAAUGUGGGUUUUGUGGAACAGAAAAGCAGGCACUUAGUGAAUGGGCACGGCAUACAGGUUCCAAAACCAAAGAUUGGAAGACCAGUGUGAAGGUGAAGGACUCUUUGCUACCACUGGAGCAAUGGAUGCUACAGAUAGCAGAGUAUCACGAACAGAGUGUUGUUCCAACCAAAUCUGUUAAACGUCCAUCUUUGAAAGUUCGAAAGCAGAAACUUCUUACUUUUCUCCAAGAAAAAUAUGAUCCUGUUUAUGCGAAGUGGACAACAGAAAGAUGUGCAGUAUGUCGAUGGGUUGAAGAUUGGGACUAUAACAAAAUCAUCAUAUGCAAUAGGUGUCAAAUAGCUGUGCAUCAAGAAUGCUAUGGAGCAAGAAAUGUCCGUGAUAUCACAUCAUGGGUCUGCAGGGCCUGUGAGACACCUGAUAUAGAGAGGGAGUGUUGCCUUUGUCCUGUGAAAGGAGGAGCUUUAAAACCCACAGAUGUGGCUCCAUUAUGGGUUCACGUUACUUGUGCUUGGUUUCAACCUGAAGUUUGCUUUGCUAGCGAUGAGAAAAUGGAACCGGCAGUUGGAAUCUUGAGAAUUCCUUCAAAUUCUUUUGUAAAGAUAUGUGUUGUCUGCAAGCAAAUACAUGGUUCCUGCACACAAUGCUGCAAGUGUUCUACUUAUUAUCAUGCUACUUGUGCAUCAAGGGCCGGUUACCGCAUGGAGUUGCAUUGCUUGGAGAAAAAUGGGAAACAAGUAACAAGAAUGGUUUCAUAUUGCGCAUACCACAGGGCUCCAAAUCCUGAUACCGUUUUAAUUAUACAGACUCCAAAAGGGGUCUUCUCUGCUAGAAGCCUUCUUCAGACCAAGCGUACAGGUUCACGAUUAAUAUCAACAAACAGAUUGAAGCUUGAGGAAGCUCCAGGUGCUGAGGUUGAUGAAAUUGACCCAUUCUCAGCAGCAAGAUGCCGUGUUUUUAAACAACUGAGAAAUAAGAGGACAGGAGAAGAAGCCAUUUUUCACCGGGUGAAGGGUUCAUGCCAUCAUUCUUUAGCUGCAAUACAAAGCUUGAAUCCAAUAAAAAAAGUAGAGGAGCCCAAAACAUUUUCUACCUUCAGGGAGCGGCUUCGCCAUUUACAGAGAACGGAAAAUGAUCGGGUUUGCUUUGGGCGAUCUGGCAUACACAGAUGGGGUCUUUUUGCCCGCAGAAACAUCCCAGAAGGAGAGAUGGUUCUUGAGUAUCGUGGUGAGCAAGUGAGACGAAGUAUUGCUGAUCUGAGGGAGGCACAAUAUCGCAUUGAGGGGAAAGAUUGUUAUCUUUUUAAGAUCAGUGAAGAUGUUGUUGUUGACGCGACUGAUAAGGGGAACAUUGCACGCUUGAUAAACCAUUCUUGCAUGCCAAACUGCUAUGCAAGGAUUAUGAGCGUUGGGGACGAUGAGAGUCGGAUUGUAUUGAUUGCAAAGACAAAUGUGUCUGCUGGCGAUGAACUAACGUAUGAUUACUUGUUUGAUCCAGAUGAAGCUGAUGAGUUCAAAGUUCCUUGUCUGUGUAAAGCUCCAAACUGCAGAAAGUUCAUGAAUUAGGUUACACCACAGAGUUGCAAUUCUUUUUCUCCGCAAGGAGAGUACUUCUCUAACUGUCCAUCUCGCACCCCUCCCUCACGCCAUAGUCUGCACUGCACACCAAUUUUCGCCUCUUUCCCGUUUAAAGGAUUUGUGUAAUAAUUAAUCUUUUUUUUUUCUUAUAUCUGAUAUUAGGUGAGAAAAGGGUGGGGAGGUUUGUUUCUAUAAAUUUAUAGGUAGGGAGGUUGAGGCCUGAGGGGGGCAUUUUGUAUAGAUUUGUUGGUGACUUUGUGAGUGGAAUAGUGGAUAAUGGAUUCCUUCCAAUACACACAUUUUCUUCUCAUACUAGUACCGGCUGAGGCUUGCCUGCUUUGCUUGUCCGAUUAGCUAUAUGUGACGUAUAACACUUCCGCCACCACUAUUACUAUUACUACUACUAGUUAACGCCA